UUAUGAUUUUGUGCUGAUUUUGUUAUAAUUAAAGAAAAUACGAUUUACUCAGAUAAAAAAAAAAAUAAAAACAAAACCCAAAUAAACUUAGCGCUUCUACGGGAGCUUUAUACGCAUUUUGUAAUUUUAUUAACAAAGUUUUAUUGUUUUGCCAUAAUCGCAGGCGAGGCACGUGUGCGAAAUUAAACGGAAGUGCCAUAAUUAAGGAAAGUGCAUAUACCACCCCCUCGUACGUUCUAGAAAGGAAACACAACGAAAGACUAUUGAAACUAUUAAAAGAAAAAUAAAUUCAUUAGGACUCAUUAAAAGAUUUACGUGUGUCAUUGCAAUAAAAUCCAAUGGGAAUUAUCCAACGCCACAUAUGAAAAGUCAAGACUUUUGCUACAUUUUGUUAUCAAUUAAACAAAAGAUACUGCCUUAAUAUAAUAACCAGGACAUCAAGGACAUUGCGUAAUUGACGUAUCUAGAAAAUUAUUCUCAAUUAUCUUCAAUUCAUACGUUGGCUGACUUCGGUCGACUCAAUACAUUUUAUCCUGUAUCUGUGCCUGAGCCCGAGCCUGUGCCUGUGUCAACGUCCUUUUACAGCCGCAAAUCCGCAGCAAAAUAUAAAUAAAUUUAUUUCUUAUUUAAACAUUUUUUUUUAGUAUUUUUUAUUUUUAAUUUUGUUUUGUAAAUUCGUGCUGAAUGUUAACAUGGCGAUGGGAGCUAAUAUCGAUUAUGACUUUUUAUUGAAAUUCCUGGCACUCGGAGAUUCUGGAGUGGGAAAGACAAGCUUCUUAUAUCAAUACACAGAUGGGCAAUUUCAUUCACAAUUUAUCUCAACAGUGGGUAUCGAUUUCCGAGAAAAGCGUUUGAUUUAUACAUCACGUGGUCGUAAUCACCGUAUUCAUCUACAGCUCUGGGACACUGCAGGUCAGGAACGUUUUCGUUCCUUAACAACAGCCUUUUAUCGUGAUGCCAUGGGAUUUCUAUUAAUUUUCGAUGUGACAAAUGAAAAAUCAUUUCUGGAAAUAGCAAAUUGGCUUGAGCAAUUGCGUAUGCAUGCUUACUCCGAAGAUCCUGAUGUAGUGCUUUGUGGCAAUAAAUGCGAUCUGGAAUCAGCGCGAGUUGUCAGCCAUCAGCAAGUCUGCGCUUUGGCUGACAGAUAUAAUCUACCCUAUAUUGAGACGAGCGCUUGCACCGGCUUGAAUAUUCGUCAAGCAAUAGAAUUGCUGGUGGGUCGGGUAAUGGAACGCAUGGAGAAUUCAACAUUGAAUGCAGAACUUUCACGUCUGAUGACACACUCUCGCUGUUUGCCCAGUUUUGGGUUUCACAAUGACACACUUAAGUUAGGCUAUCACAAUGGAAAUAUGGAACAGAGUGAAGAGCAAUGUAGAAAAAACUGCAACUGCUGAAGGACAUGAUGUUAAGGAUUUUGAAACUGAAACUGCUCACUAUAGGAACUACUCUACAGUUGCUGUUUGGUACAAUAAUUUUAAAGUAUUUAUGUAAAUUAGCUAAUAUUGUUGUUUUUUAAUG